AUGUUUUCGUCUGCGCUCAAGUCGUUUAGCUCCAACAUAUCAUCUCAUUACCAGAUUUCUCCCGAGCCUGCUUUUAGAUCCGGCCCGUGGAAGGUCCACGAUGGAACUAAGAAAUCCACCGGCACUGCGGCCUCUAUUUUCAUAUUUGAACGCAAAACAAUAGAGCCCAGGUCUGGUGGUUUUGGUGGCCGGUCGAGCUCCUCGUCUACCAAAAAACUUCACGAGGAGGUGGUUGAGAGACUGAAGCGGGAAGUGAGCAGCCUAACGCGUUUACGACACCCUUCGGUCCUCCAGAUCUUGGAGCCGGUAGAAGAGACUCGCAACGGCGGGUUGAUGUUUGCUACUGAGCCCAUCACUGCUUCUCUUAGUGGUCUUUUGAAAGAAAAGGAUGCACAGGAAGGAGGUGCGAGGCCCAGUCGGUUCAUGAUAGAGUCUCCAGAUGGAACGAGAAGACGUCGGGAAGUGGAAAUUGAUGAGCUCGAAAUUCAAAAGGGCUUACUCCAGAUUGCUAAAGGCCUGGAGUUCUUGCAUGAAUCAGCCGGUCUAGUCCAUGGCAAUCUGAAUCCGGAGGCAAUUUACAUCAACAUUAAAUCCGACUGGAAGAUAGCUGGACUUGCAUUUGCUGGUCCAGCCGAUGGUUCUACAACGCAGUCGACCCUUCCACCUCUGGCGCUUUCGGAGGUUCUAUAUCAAGAUGCACGGCUCCCUCCUUCUGUGCAAUUAAACCUAGACUACACGUCGCCGGAUUUCGUAAUGGAUUCCAAUGUGACGCCUGCAGCUGACCUGUUUUCUCUUGGUCUUAUCAUUGUUGCCCUCUAUAAUUCACCGCAUGUUUCUCCUCUACAAACGAAUUCCAAUGCAUCCACAUAUAAGAAGCUCCUCACUACUCCUUCCACUACGCCUUCUCAAUCCAACAGCUUCCUCUGUACACGGCCUAUUCCAAAGGAUCUUCUUGCCAGUGUCCUUCCUAGACUGAUAACUAGGCGGCCUGCCGGGCGGUUGAAUGCGCGCGAGUUCCAACAAUCUGCCUAUUUUGAUAACAUUCUGGUGUCUACCAUUCGCUUUCUGGAAUCAUUACCAGCAAAGACCCAGAAUGAGAAGUCUCAGUUCAUGCGCGGCUUGCAGCGGGUCAUCCCAGAGUUUCCACCGUCUGUGCUUGAGAAGAAAGUACUUGGAGUACUCUUGGAAGAGACAAAGGAUCGUGAUCUGCUGUCUCCUAUCUUGCAGAACGUAUUUCACAUUCUAAAGAAGGUGCCAAAUGGACGACGCGUCUGUCCCGAGCUGAUCAUUCCGAAACUGAAGGAGAUAUUCCUGGUAAAUGGAAAUAGAGCUGCUGCUCAAGAGCGGGAUACGACAAAAGACGCAGGUCUCAUGGUUGUGCUUGAGAACUUGAACGUGAUUGCGGAAAAUUGUUCAGGCAAAGAGUUCAAAGAAGAUAUCCUCCCAAUGGUUCAACUAGCCAUGGAAUCCAGUACGCAUUCAUUGGUUGACGCAUCUAUGAAGUGCUUGGCCGUCAUGCUUCCAGUGCUUGACUUCAGCACAGUCAAGAAUGACAUAUUUCCACCAAUUGCCUCUACGUUCAGUAAAACAAACAGCCUGAAUAUCAAAAUCCGAGCUUUGGAGGCCUUUGUUGUUCUUUGUGGGGGUUCCAUUGAGAAAGAAGAGCCCGUGGACGACCUGACUGGCAUAGUCGAAGACAAGAAAAAGACCAAGAAAUCUUCCCCUUCAAUACUCGAUAAGUAUACAGUGCAAGAAAAGCUUGUCCCACUCUUGAAGGCCAUCAAAACGAAGGAGCCAGGUGUUAUGAUGGCAGCCCUGGAAGUUUUCCGACAAGUCGGAAAGCUCGUUGAUACUGAGUUCAUAGCCAUUGAGGUGCUGCCCUUAUUAUGGACUUUCAGUCUUGGCCCGUUGCUCAAUAUUAAGCAAUUCGAACAAUUUAUGGCACUUAUAAAGUCCCUUUCAACCAAAGUUGAACGAGAGCAAAUACGGAAACUUCGAGAGCUCUCGUCAAGGGAAGAUUCCACUAUAUCCCGGCAGGCUACAGUCGGAGCUACUGGAUCAUCUGGUGUUGAAGAGACAUCAAAUGAUUUUGAACGCCUUGUUCUUGGUCGCAAUGGCACUAGUAACACAAGCGGAGAUGGCGGUUGGGAUCACUGGUCAUCCCAGAGCACAACAACAACAGCCAAACCGGCGAACCAAGUCACUUCACCAGCGUUUUCGUGGUCGUCUAAUGUAUCACAACCCGCAAACAGGGCUAGUAUUAGUGGCAUCUCGAGUGUUAUCUCAUCCACGGGACAGAAUUCGCGAUCUAUUACCCCGGACAGCAAUAUCGGCGUCUUCCCAUCGCUUGAGCCAAAUCGCCAACGGUCAUCUAUGAACACGUCCUUUGGUGUUUUGCAACCUCAACCCCAGCCCCAGCCGUCUACGAAGACGUCCUGGGACCAAUCUCAACAAAUAAGUCGACCAUCGCUUCCUCCUGGCUUUGGUUCUUCUCCAAUUAUGCCCACAUCUAAUCUAGCACCUAUCACUCCAUCCGGGCCCAGCUAUUCAGCAUUUUCUAUCCCCCCUCCCCCUACCACUACCGCUACCCAAACUCAAUACCAGCAGAAGCCUCCAACAGCCGUACAGCCAAACAUUUGGGCAUCCGUUGGAACAUCUAACACUGCUCAAGUGACGCAGCCCCCCGCACAACCAAAACAGGGCCUGGACAAGUAUACGAGCUUAUUGUAG